AUACCAAUGUCUUGGUUGAUUACCAGGAGCGUCUUCUAUGAGGCAUCGACUAACAGGCUUCUAGAGCUACUCAUGAAAGGAUUGUCAACAAGGUUUCGAUGAACGGUGCGUGAUUUAUGUGGUUAGAGGCUUCUGCAACUACUGCCGGGAUGCAUUAAACAGCGAGCAUCAAAUCUACUACUGCUCACGAUAGUUUUGGAGACAAUCCGAGGCCAUCUAUGGCAGUCUGAAGCAAAUGUGGAACAGUCCGUUCAAAGACAUAACCGCAACAGCGUUAGCAGGGAAAUGGCAACGCGGUAAUGGCUAUCUUAGCUUUGUCACAGAUGACCGCAAUACAGACUAUGGGCGUCCAUAUCUAGGACACUUGGGGAACCCUAAGAAUCGGGUCAUGCAGCACCUCGUGGCUAUCAUUAAGUGCGAAGACAGUACGCUGCACUACUACAUAGUAGCAAAAGGGGAUGGACACUGCGCGAUCAACAUUAUUGAACUAUGGACUCUAUGCUGGCCAGAUCAUAUCAGUUGUCAUAUUUCUAUGAACGCUUGUGAAAGGAGAAUGGCAGGGGCUUACGCAAAGGGCUACAGCCGACUCAAACGGUCGAAAUGUUAUCGGUGGACUGGAAAAGGCUGUGGUUCCAGCAGCAAGAACUGUUCUCGAGGCGCCAUGUCUGGCUCGUAAGGGAAUCCUCGCCUUAUCGCCUAUGACUGAUAGGCAUCUGGA